AUGGGCGGCAAAUCAUUAAUUGUAGCACAUCAAUUAGAAGAUAAUAAUGUUCUAUUAGUUGGAGGAGGAGAAGUUGGUUUAACGCGAUUAAGAAAGUUGAUAUCAACUGGUUCAAAAGUUACAUUGGUGUCACCCGAGAUACACCCAUUGAUAUUGAAAGAAUAUUGUAACUUUACGAUUGAUAAAAAGGAUAAUAAACAUGAUAAUUGGAACGAAAGAGGUAAAAAGAAAAGCGUCUACAGAAUAAUAAAGGACGAAUUUAAAGAAGAACAUUUGUUACUGUAUCAAAAUGGCGUAGAUAGUGGUUGGAGCUUAAUUUUGACAUGUAUACCAAAUCAGGAAGUCAGUGAAGGAAUAUAUUUUGAGGCAAAGAAAAGAUUUGGCUCACAACAAAUGGUAAAUGUUGCCGAUAAUCCAAAACUAUGUGACAUUUAUUUUGGAGCAAAUUUAGAAUUUGGCAGUAAUAGUGAAGAUGACUGUUUAAUGCAGCUAAUGAUAAGUUCAAAUGGUAUGGGACCAAGAUUUGUGGCAAUGGUAAGAGAUGAAAUUGGCAAAAUGCUUGGUGGCAUUGAUUUUGAAAAAAGUUUAAUAAAAUUGGGCAAGUUAAGAUCAAAUAUUAGAGAAAUAACCGAUAAUAGUAAGGAUAUUAAAUACAGAAUGGAGUGGAUGAAAAAGUGUACAGAAAUUUAUGGUGUUAAGAAUUGUGAAAAUAUUGAUGAAGAUGAGCUUAUUGAUCUUUUCAAAGAGAUGUAUAUCGAAAAGGAUCUAAAUUUCCCAGAUAAAGAAAUAAUGUUUGAAAAAUAUACAGAAAACAUGACAAAAAAAUAA